GGGAGGUGAAGUUCCGGGCAGACCGCGGGCCAGUUGGCGGAAGCGCGGGCCGAAGUGCCUUUGGCUGCUGUGCAUAGGCGGCGGGCGCGCCAGUGGCGGCGCCCUCUGGCUGUGUGAGCAGACGGCGGCGAAGCCCCUGGCAACCAUUAAUCAACCCUCUGUCUCUGUUCUGGACAUUUCAUGUAAAUGGGAUCAUACAAUAGGACUUCCUGAUUCCAAACCAGACGCGAUCUCCAAGCUGGAGCAGUGGGAAGACCCCUGGACUGUGGAGAGAGAUGCCCCGAGAGGUCCAGGGCAAGAAGGUGCAGUGUACAACCAACAGGAAAGAGUGGACCUCCGUCACCCACAAGGUGUCCACACUGAAGAGGGCACACUGGCAUGUGGCGGAUGGGAGGAUGCCUUUGGCAAGAACACAAGCUUCCUGAGCUCUCAGCGGAUUCCUGACAGGUGGAAGCUCUAUGUGUGUGAAGAGUGCGGGAAGGCCUUUGGGUAGAGCUCAAAUUUCAUUCAGCACCAGAGAACCCACACCGGCGAGAAUGUGCCAGGAGUGCAGACGCGUCUUCAGCAAGAACUCAUCCCUGGUUAAGCACCAGCACAUCCACACAGGCGAGAAUCCCUACAUGUGUGGCCACUGCAACAAGCGCUUCCGGGAGAACUCGUCCCUGGCCAAGCAUCAGUGGGUGCACACAGGUGAGAAGCCAUACGCUUGUGGUGACUGCGGGCGCACCUUCAGCCAGAGCACCCACCUUGUGCAUCACCAGCGAGUCCACAGUGGGGAGAAGCCAUUCACCUGCUGUGAGUGCGGCCGAGCCUUCGCUGACUCCUCAGCCCUCCUGAUCCACCACAGAACCCACGGGGAGAAGCCCUAUGAGUGCCAUGUGUGCUGCAAGGCGUUCAGCCUCAGCUUGUCCCUGGCUGAGCACAUGCGCUGCCACACGGGAGAGAAGCCAUAUGUGUGCCAAGAGUGUGGGAAGGCUUUCAGCCAGAGCUCAUCCCUCAUCAAGCACCUGAGGACACAUACAGGCGAGAAGCCGUACAUUUGCAGUGAGUGUGGGCGCGCCUUCAGCCAGAGAUCCUCCCUUACCAAGCAGCAGCGGGUGCACACGGGUGAGCGGCCCUACAUGUGCAGAGAAUGCGGGAAGGCCUUCAGCCAGAGCUCCUACCUGACCCAGCACCUCAAGAUCCACAGUGGCAAGAAGCCAUUCAUGUGUGGGGAGUGCAGGAAACCCUUCAGUGACUCUUUGGCCUUGGUCCACACAGGAGAGCAGCCCUAUACGUGUGGGAAAUGUGGGAAGGCCUUCAGCCAGAGCAAGUUCCUCACCCAGCAUGAGCGGAUCCACACUGAGGAGAAGCCUUUCGUGUGCGGCGACUGCGGCAGGACCUUCAUGCAGAGCUCCUCCCUCGCCCUCUACCUGAGGACUCACACUGGGGAGAAGCCCUACAAGUGCAAUGAGUGUGGCAAGGCUUACAUCCAGAUGUUACACCUCACCGAGCAUUACCGAGUGCACACCAGGGAGCAGCCCUAUAUGUGCAAUGUGUGUGGCAAAGCCUUUGGGCGGGGCACACACCUCCUGCAGCACCAGCGUGUCCACGUGGGUGCCAAGCCCUUCACAUGCGGCGUGUGUCGGAAAACCUUUCCAGAGGCUGCGGCCCUCAUUCUGCACCAGAGGAUUCAUGCUGGAGAGAAGCCCUUUGAGUGUCACAAAUGCAGCAAAUCCUUCAGCCAGAGCAGGUCCCUGGCCCAGCAUCAGAGCAUUCACUCCCAGGGGGAGAUCGUGAGACCAUGGCAAGUAUCAGAAAUCCUUCAAACACUGUUUGGUUCUCAUACAUCGGUGACGUGGGGAUGUGCCCAGUGUGGCAGAGACUUGUCCUUGAUGUGUUGUCCUCCAUCCUGCGGAGGGCCAAGUGUCAGGAACCCUGGGCCAGCGCAGAGCAGACCGUGUUGCACAUCUCACACUUCUAUCUUCAGAGUCACCUAGUUGGAUGAGAAAGCUGGUAGUGGGCCUCAGAUCCAUCUUCUGGACGCUUCUCCAUAACCUUCAAAGGGAACAAUGACCACCCCCAAUUCUUCUCCACUGUACAGGUUCACCCAGAUGCCCACCAGCUGGUAGGAUCCACAAGUGUGAACAGUCUUCCUCUCAGCAGGCCUGGAACAGAGCUCAUUUCAAAGUUUUUGCCAAAGCAAAAAUGUAAUUAAAAGAAAAAAAAGGGGGGCCGGCCCCAUGGCUGAGUGGUUAAGUUCACGUGCUCCGCUGCGGCUGCGCAGGGUUUCGCUGGUUCG